AUGGGCAGAAAAAUUGAGAUAAAGAAAAUAGAAGAGACAAUGAAACGUCAAGUUACAUUUUCUAAGCGACGUAGUAGUUUAUUAAAAAAAGCUGAGGAGAUUGCGUUUUGCUGUGACGUGGACGUGUUGUUUGUCGCGUUCUCACCUUCUGGUCGGCUCAAUAAAUUUUGUAGCCCACAAAGGGUCGAAGAUAUGCUUCAGCGAUACCUUAGGCUUCCGGUUGAGCGGAGAUUCACGAUUACGAAACAGGAGCAGAACAAGAGCCUUCUCUUCACCAACUACGUUGGUGUGAGAUUCAACUAUUCAAAAUCAAGAUUGGAUGGACAAAGGAAAGAGAGUAGCAAACAGUCUAGCAAUUACACAUAUACCCCUUCCUUCGCUGGUUCUUCACAUUUAGGGAAUAUGUCAUUUUCUCGAAAUCCAUCACCUUUUACCCCAUUGCAGAACCAACAACCGAACAUGCUAGUAGGUCUCCAGCAGAAAUCAACAGAAACAUUUGGAUUGUCAGAGGAACAACUGACAUUUGGUGAAAGUAGUGACAACUCUCUCACAAAGUUCUGGCAGAAUAAUUGCGCUUCCACAAGGUAUGACUCGAGUCCGCUCGUGAAUAUGGGUACACAAUUGAACUCUCCCUCCCAAUUAGGGUUGGAGUAUGACCAUUCAAAUUGGAAUAUCAACUUGGACAAUAACAACAACAUCAAUCGCAUCAUUCAAUCGAAUGGUCAAUUUUCAAUUCAAAGUGAUGCAAUAGCUUCUAAUGUUAAUGAGCUUAACUUUCCCAUGGAGGAGAAUACCAUGGCAAACAAUGAAUACUUUGCUGAAACAAUACAUGAGAAUGAUGCAUGGGAAUGGGACGAUGUUCUCCUCAAUGAAGCUUUCGGUGGAGAUGACUUUUAA